UGCUAUUACUAGUUUGUGACAAGGGUUGGAUUUUAUUAAAAAUAUAUUUUGUUAUAACUAAUCUGUGACUAGAGUUGGGCUCCAUCAAUAAGAUUUUUUGUUAUAACUAGUCUGUGGCAAGGGUUGCGUUUCAUUGCUAAGCUAUAUUCUUAUUAACAGUCAUUGACAAGGGUUGGGUUCCAAUGAUGAUAUAUUUUGUUAUUACUAGUCUGUGACAAGGGUUAGUUUCCAUUAAUAAGAUAUUUUGUUAUUACUAGUCUGUGACAAGGAUUGGGUUCAAUUAAUAAGAUAUUUUGUUAUAACUAGUCUGUGACAAUGGUUGAGAACCAUUAAUAGAAUAUAUUUUUAUUGAUUGUCUGUGAGAAGGGUAGGUAACUAUUAAUAAGAUAUUUUGUUCUUAUGUUGUCUGUGAUAAGGGUUGGGCUCCAUUAAUUAGAUAUUUUGUUAUUACUAGUCUGUGACAAAGGUUGGGUUCCAUUAAUAAGAUAUUUUAUUACUACUAGCCUGUGACAAGGGUUGGAUUCCAUUAAUAAGAUACUUUGUUAUUAUUAGUCUGUGACAAGGGAUGGGUUCCAUUUGGAGUCAACUGCUACUGGUUCUCGGAAGAGAGUUCCACCUUUAAAGGCACUCAGGUAAGUAAUAUCAUGCCCACUUUAUAUAGAAUUAAUUGUUAUUACACAAUGGGUAACUCUCUCGUAAUAUGCACCCCCCCCCCCCCGUUGACAAGUCAGAUGUGUAGUUCAUAUACCCGUAGGGGAAAACAAAAUUUAGUACCCUAAUCCACUGAUUUCUCUGAUGUGUUCAAAAGUCAUAUUGAACAUCAGACUGCUAGUAUGAUGGCAUAUUUUUACAUGAAUUGAGCAAUUUCCAGCUUACUUAUAAGAUACACUGCAACAACAAGACCUCCACACUCCUAGAGAUCGGGGGACGGGGACAACAAUACCUCCAUACUCCUAGAGAUCGGGGGACCCUGGGAGGAGAGAUAGAUACAUGUGCGGAUUUUGUUGAAAGGUAAAUUAUGUUUGUCAAUUUUGAACGAUCUUAAAAUCGGGAAUAAGUCGCAUGUUUAAAAAAAAUAGAUCAGAUAUAGGGAAGUGCAUUCUGACAUGCUAUCACAUAUUUACUCCUUUGUGCAGUAGAUAUCGCUUAUUACAUCAAUUUUCAUUAUUAUGAUAUGUUGUCCUACGCCAUUUUUGACAUCACAAAGGAAUGUCAAUUUUACAUAGUUUGUUUACAAAAUGUCAGGAAGCAAAAUUCCCAACAAUCCCCAAAACCAACGUCAAUGAAUAACCGGAGGGGUGAACAUGCUAUGUGAAUUUAUAAAUCAUCACAAAACGGGGGAUCCUAUAUUUAAUCUAUGUCAUAGUGGGUUCAGGGGUCCGUGCUUGUCCCACACUUUUGCUUUGUAUCGAUUUUGGGGGUUGUGACAUUGAUCACUGUUCUUUAUCUUUACCUUUCAUGUAUGAUACGUAUUCCAUCUACACUAAAGCUUAUACUCUGUAAGACACUAAGUCACAAGAUGGAGACUGAAAUGUUUUGUGAAAUUAUUUCUAUCGAUCGAUUUGUUUGUCUAUCAUUGUAGCUCAGUGGCUAAAGUAUUGGGCUGUUGAACCGCAUAUCGCUAGUUCAAAUCCGCCAGAGUCUUUUGCACAUAUGUGUUGAAAUAGUUUUUUUUUUUUUUUUUUUUUUUUGGUUAUUUUUUAAAAUCGUGUUUUUCUCCCAAAUAUGAAUAUGUUCUGCCUGUUUGAUAUCUAUACUUAUUAUAUAUCAUUAUAUCCUUUAUGAUUAAAUCAAUUUGUACUGAUUUGAGAAACUAUUUUUAGGUGUAGUGAGCCACAUUUUAAAUGAAACCUUGAUUGUUUUCAAUAUUAACAGAAGUGAAGAAGGGACAUGUAUGUUUCGACAACAUUUUUUGUAUAUGAUUGCUUAUGAUUGUUGUGGAAUUAUAUCUCGGAAAUAUAUUCCAGUCACGUAUAAAAGCGUCUUAGUUACAAGUAGCUACUAAUACUACGAUAAAGAUGUAUGUCACAUUGAAGAAAUAUGAUAUUGAUGAAACGUAGAGGAUACGUAAAACAAUAUUUUGAAAUUGUAAACUUUCAAAUUUUCAAAAACAAAUUAAACCACUGCUGGACUCAAACCCGCAGUCUACAGUUCAGCAGUCAAAGCACUAACCUACUGAGCUAUAUAUUCAGCUAGGCAAUGAAUUUUGAAUUGAAUGGACAAAUAUUGCUGGUAUCUAUAUUUUAGGCCAUGAUUUAAAAGGAAAUCGACUAUUAUAACAAUGUAGAGUGCCUCCUUAAAUGCUGUUGCUAUUUAAAGAUUUUUCUGACAGGGUAUAAAGGAGUGUGGCUUGGUAUAACGGACUUCCUCAUAGACGGAGUGUUUCUUUCUGCCUCUACUGCAAGCAGAGUUUACUACACCAGUUGGAAAUCUGGGCAGCCUGACGGCGGGCAACUGGAAAGCUGUGGGAUGUUUGAACCGGCGGAAGGAGCGUGGAGUAAACACAUCAGGUUGAUGCCAAAGAAUGGGACAUGGAGCGACACGUCAUGUGACGGACAGUUAGAGUUUGUUUGUGAAAAGAAAGGAUCGCGGAGAUGGAGAUCUGUGUAUCGAAGAUAUUAAAGAGCAUUAAAAGUCGUUCAUGAAAUGACAUGGCGUUGUGUGGAUCAUGUAUACAAUUUUCAGUUAUUUAGUAGCAACUGUUAUUGGAAUACAUAUUCCGUAAUAAAGUUUUACAGAUCAGAAACUUAAGUAGAAGUUAAAGAGGGUUUUAGUAAUACAUGAAGGACAUUGAACAUGUUAACUAAACAGCUAAAAUAAUCAACGAGAAUAUACCGCGAAAAUUUUUACGAUGCACAAAGUGAAGAUAACGAACAUUGAAAAUUUUAUAAAACCUAUAAACAGAACACAAUUAAGAGUUGGACAAAGACAAACCCCUGGGAUCACCAGAGGCGAGAGCAGGUGCCUAGCAGGAGUAAGCACAUCUUGUUGACCAGUCACAGAAUCUAGAACUAAGCAUCCCCUGUCGACUGGUCUACACCUGCAGCUACUCCUAUAACUGUGCAAUAGUUCGUACUUAUUAUGCUUUUAUUAUACCCUUCACUUUAUGAAAGGUGAAGAUAACGAACAAUGAUCAAUCGCAUAACUCCUACAAGCAAUACAAAGUAGAUAGUUGGGCAAACUCGCUGAAAUCUUCCUUUGAUCUAAUGAUUUAACUGUACAUAUAAUGUUUGAUUUCUAUACAAUUCUUUUUUUUUUUUACUUUGGUGUUUUCAGAUGUGAGCUAGUGGUGGGGGUAGUAUGUGAUGCACGAUACGAUAACUUUAUAUUGAACGGGAAGACUGCGUGCGUCCUUAUUUCCUUCCUCGUAUCGAGUCAGUACACAAUCAACGGAGGAAAAAGGUGAUUUUCUGUCAUUUGUUUGUAAAGCCAGCGUUUCUUAUAACAAACUCUGCGGAUUCCUUACCUAGAGGUGGAUCUAGGAAGUUUUAAAGAGCGUUAUGUAGAGAUGACCUCCGAGGAAACCGCGAUUGAAAUGGAUCGGCUCAACAACGAGCAGGGAACCAUUUUAGGUCACAGCGCACCAGGGUCUUCUGAUGAGAGCGACAACGAUACGGCUGAGAAAACUGCCGGGGACGUCCAGGAUCACUUCGCCAUACGUGAUGUGGUGCCACAAUGUCGUACCUUUGCUGGGAUGAAAAUCGUUGAUUUCUUUGACAGAGAUAAAAUCAAAAUAGGACAGCGGGUAGUCCGUGGAGUUGAUUGGGACAGGGAGGACGAGGAUGGGGGAGAAGGAAACGUGGGAACUGUGGUGGAAAUCCUCAACAACUCUCAACAGGUGCGCGUCCAGUGGGAUUCCCAGGACACAUUGAACGCUCAGGAAAACCCCUACAAGUUUAUUUAUAGAACAGGGAUGGACAAAAAAUAUGACCUGCGACUUUUUUAUAACGCUCAGACAGGGGUGUAUCACAAGUUCUGCGACUGUGACAGUUGUGGUGAGGUCCCAAUCCGAGGAAUGAGGUGGAGGUGUUUGUACUGCGAGGAUUACAAUCUAUGUACGGAAUGUUACAUGUGCGACAUUCAUGAAAAAGGUCACGUGUUUGAACGACACCAAAGAAUGAAAACGAUCAGUGUUAAUGUGGGGAUGAGGGCAGAUUUACAGGACGUGAAAGCUAAGGGAAUAUUUCCUUCAUCGGAUGUAAAAUCCAGGAAAGACCCACAUCUGACAGGUACCGUUGAGGCUGUUGAUGACAAUAUCGCCAUUACAUAUAACUGUGACGCAAAGGUCACGUGGGAAGAGGAGGGAUUCACCAAAAGAUACCGGGUGGGAAGAGAAGGUAAAGUGGACAUCAAGUUUACAGAGCCCGCGAGAGUGAAGUAUUUACAGGACCAUCUGCAGGGAAUCACUGAAGGCAAUGUAGCUGAAGGAAUACGAGUCGUGAAAAAAUCCGACAAUGAUGACGUGACCGUUGGAACAAUCACCCAUUCACCGGAAAUUGAUAUAAUGAAAAGAGACUCGAAACGAGGACAAAGACGCCCAAUCUCCAAAGACCGAGGAUCUCUCAACCCGCACCAAAGAAAGAAAGUCCGAGCUAAAGAAAAGACGGUUGGAAAUCAGCAUUGUUUAGUCACCGUGCAGUUGGAUAAUGGAGAAAUUGUUAAAAUGGAUACGAAAGAAAUAUUAUUGUUUGACAACAGUCAGAUAGGAAUUUAUCAUGAUGCUUUGUGCGCUGGGUGUGAAAGCGGCCACAGGAUCAAAGGAAUGAGAUGGAGGUGUACCGAGUGUCCUAACUAUGACCUCUGUACAUCAUGCUACAUGUCUGCGAAGGAUAAACAUCUCGACCAUAAAUUCCAGCGAAUCACUGAGCCUGCAGAAAGGGAACAGCUAAAGACCACUCGCACAACCCCAGGAGUACAAGUGAGAACGGCUCUAGGAAUGUUCACAGGCGCCAAGGUCCAGGAACUGGAAGGCAAUACAGAUAAAGCACAAGGAAAGAAGGGCACCAUAACAGAAAUAUGCCAUUACAGAAAAAACGAGGCAAGGUGUAUCGUCGUUGUUAACAGAGAUGGUGACGUGGAUGAACAAGUUAUAGGACAUUUUACCGAUUUUCAAAAUGACCAAAACAAUGAAUGCUUCUUUUAUUAUCCAUCACAUCUGCCCGACUUGGGAAAAGAUAUCCAGGGAUAUGUCGAAGUGAAAGACAAGACCAGUCAUGCAAAAAUUGAUGUUGAACUGUGGUAUGAGAGAGAUGUCCCCAAGUGCUCGCCAGAAGUUCAACACAGGCUUUAUCUGAUUUUUGCACACAAACCAGAAGAAGUUACCACGGCAUCAUUCAAGAAUACUUUGAACAGGUUUCGCCCUUUAGAGGACGUGAGGAAAUUCGCACGUAAAUCUCGUUUGCCGUGUCAGCUUGCAGUUGAGAAGGUACUUUUUGUUGACGAAGCGGUCGUCAUCCACAAAGACACCACUACUUGCACAAUACAAAAUUUGAUAGAUAUGGGCGUCAGGAAGUUGGUCCGCGGGGACACGCGGGAGGACGAAGAUGAACAACUAUAUUUUCUACGAAUGUCAGUGUAUUUAAGUGGAAAAAUUCCCUUGCCCGCCUUUGUUUCACUACGUAACGGAGUAACUCACACCGACGCCCUUUUCAGAGCCUCGGGGAACAAAAUUCCAGUUAUCUGCUUUAAGAAAGAAGCCAAGAAAGUAUAUGUAUUGACAAUGGAAGACGAUGUGUAUUGUGUGAAAGCGAUGGAACAUAAAAUUGAUUUGAAAGCUCCAUGGAAGGUCACCAAUGUGAUCAUGAAGGAUUAUGACGUAGGAAGUGACGGCGGAGAGGAAGAUGAUGAUGAAAUCACUCAACUAGAGGAUAUACCUGCCGAUUUCGAAAACGUGGCUGCGUUGAUUUCCUCUUUGUUGAUUGGAGUAUACAUGUAUGCGUGUUCCUUCGACGCAAGCCGUGAUAUUUUCGGAGGCAACAGUCAUAUUUACCCAAACGCAUUGUCGAUGCAUUUAAUGAAAACUGGGCAAUGGAAAAUACCAAAAAAUUUCAUCAAAGGUUCUUUUAACCAUCGAUCGAUUGAAUUCAUUUGUGAACAAAAAAUGACUGAACAGUUCCAGAAUGGUCUUUGGAGAGAUUUGGUAGCAAAGACUAAAUCGGCUUAUGUCGUACCGAAAUGGAAGAGGAAAGGGAUAGAUUAUGAUGAACGGGAUGUUGCGGAGUGGGACUUGGAUUCAGAGGGAAGAUUAGAUGUGAAAAUUUCAGGCCUUUACGGUUUAAUUUUCUUCGCACUUCUGAGAAAGGGAUAUUAUGAUGGCGCUAAACAGCUGAUAGAAACUGGCUGCGUUAGAAUUUCCCACCUGUUGAUUGGCUGUGUCAUUCUACAAGAAGCGGCAGAUGACUGGAAUACGAGUCAACUGCAAAAGGAAAAGGUCUUGCAGAUGAAAGCAUUGUGCACCCAGCAGGCCUUACGAAUAACGAGUUGUCUUCACGAGGCUGACGCAGACGUCAGGAGAAAAAAUAGAGAGGGGAAGGUAUCAGGACUACGGAUUGAUCACGCGGGAAAACUUCUGUUGAAUCACGGGUACCUUUCAAGCGCCUUAAAGACAGAAAACAGCGCUUAUCUAAACGACGAAAUCGUCAAAAAAGUCAUCAGUCAGAUGUGGUACAAGCAUGAUAGUUUCUCUUUUAAAAAGGGCAUGCUGUUCGUCAUCUUGAUAUUGUUUCACUUCUUGUUGUUGCCUCCAUUGAUGUUCACCAUGGAGAAUACGCCAUUUAAGUGGUUCUACAAGCAGUAUCAGAUUCUUGUCAUGAAAGUUCUUCUAAAUGGGUUUGGUUGGUUGAUGAUCUUGAAUGCACUAGCUUACAUGUUGCUCUUUGAUUUUACCGGCGGAAUAAGUCGAACGGAUUGGUUUAUAAUUGCCUGGAUGACAAGUUUUUUCCUCGACGAAACAAACCAGGUUAUCAUUUCAAUAAGGAGAGGAAAGAUCGGAUCUUACCUCAGGGACUGGUGGAAUCGAUUAGACUGGCUGACACUGAUCGUGUACUGUUGCGGGAUGCUGACUAAAUUAGGUGGUACUAACCACAACGCGUGCAAGACUCUCCUAGUUUUGGCGUUUAUUCUGAUGUGUGCGAGGUUCCUUAAUUUACUGAUGAUAUCAGAAAUUAUCGGAGCGAAACUUGUGAUGAUCAAACGAAUGUUUGUGGAUACUUUUGCAUUCCUUGCGAUAACAACAGUGAUUACGGUGUGUUACAGCGUGUCAUAUUACGCCAUUCUCUACUCCGAGGACUCGGAACUUAGUUUCGCUGAGAUGGAGAGAGUGUUCGGCAAUGGAUUUUGGAUCUUAUUCGGGGAGUUAGCAUUGGAGCAAGGCCUAUUGAAGGAACCAGAGUGUACGUUCAACAGAACACUGUACAGUAGUGGAAAGGUGGAACGCUGCCCGUCAGAACUGGGGCUGGCUCUGGGUCCCUACCUGAAGGCCGUGUACGCUUUGUUCGCCAUCAUUCUCCUCUUAAAUCUUCUUAUCGCUAUGUACAGUCACACAUUUGAAGAAGUUCAUGAGAGGAGCAAGUUCUAUUGGGCGCUUCUUCAAACGGACUUCUUGGAAGAGUACAGUGUGAAAAGUAUCUUCCCAAUCCAUUUCCAGCUGUUAAUUUUACCAGUGUGUCUCGUCCACUUUAUCCUCUACUUCUUACGUUCUGGAUUUCAAAAAUGUGAUUGUAAAUGGAGAUAUGAACGAGAUGCCUACCGUGACUUAGAUGUCGAUGAAUACGAUAAGGACGUUGACGACCGUCUCAACCAUUGUCCGAUGUUUGUCAGAGAUCAGUGAAAGGAAACCAAAGUG